CCACACUACCCCAUUGCAUGCCGCCGCUCGCAGCAUAGCUCCCUUUCUUCCUGGUCACGACAUGAACACAGGCGUGCUGCGAGAUGUCAACGGCACCGUACACAGGAAGAAUCGUACUGGAAUUUACGCCAAGCAGCACGACAAUGCUACAGCACCUCCGCUGGUGGUCCCGCACAAACGUCUGCCUAGCGUCUUCCUCGAGGGCCGGACACCAGUGCUGAACUUUGAGCGCAACCCAUCCACUACACCUUCCUUAACCACCGAAACCACACGCGUCGCUCCUUCCAUCUCCACCCCGAAGGCGACGGACGCCCUCCUCUCCUCUCCCUCCCGUGCGCCGUCCCGUAGUCUCAGCCCGCACACCCGCCGUCAGCUGCGCUACACCCGCGCCCAGUCCGCACUCGCAUCGACGCUCACAAUAUGCUCCGAGCCCUCUCCGCUGGACCAGCAGAUUCGCACACUCCAGCGCGCCGCCGCGCUACUGCGCGCACAGGCGCAGGAGGCAUCCGAGCAGGUGGCGAAGCUGCGGGACGCCCUCGACCGGCGGCAAGCGGGCGCACAAGCGGACGUCGCGCCGGAGGAGUGGACCGCGAUGCAGUGCCAGAGGUGGAUGGCAGAGCGAAGAGGCAUAGCACGGGAGGAGCACAUGCGCACCGUACAGACGGUACUCGCUGCCCUGCUCGCUGCUCGGGAAGAACACCCUCAACUGCAAGCGGAGACAGCGCAACAUACGAAUGACGCGAGCACACGACCCUCCCUGCGGCGGCACACCGACCUCGCGUGCUUCUUCGAGCGCUCGCCCACGCGACUGGCGUUCCCUUCACGCGUGGGGCGCCAUACGCCGGUUGCCACUACGCAGCGACGGAAGGUCAUCAGCCGUGUGCGCUCGCUGCGGCUGCGUGCCCACGCAUGCCAGUUUGGCUCCCCGCUCAAGCGUGCACCGGCAGACAUGGACGGCCCACCAGACAAGUCGAAUAGCGGUGCAAGCCCGCCGGAUUCCUCUGAACCUGCACCCACGUCUCCGUCUUCGUCGCGCACCACCACCAGCGCGAUGCCGGUUGCGCCAUCCACACCGUGCCGUGCGGCCAAAUCUGGCACGCUGCCUUCCUUACCCGAGCACACCCCCGCGCACAACCACGCUGGCACUGCGGCCAUCCUGCCACCAGAUACACCGCGCUCGAGGGCGCAGAUCCUCGCCUCACUGGACAGCGACGAUGCACCCAUCCCGCAGUACGCCGUCGCGCUGCUCGACGACCUCGUCGCCAGCGAGCUGGACGUCACGCUCGCGCUCCCGGCGCACAAGCGGACAGUGCGAGGGCGUCGCCCACCAGGCGGCCCUCAGCCUCAAGCGCAGACGAUGGCAGCGGCGAAGAGCGCGCCCGCCAUGCCCGCCACGCCGUCGCACAGUCCCGUGCGCGUGAGGGCGUCCGCGUUCCGCCACAGCGCCAACCUCUCUAACGCCGGUGAAAAAGUGGGUGCCGGGGCGGAGGCGGAGGCGCGCUCCCGCUCGCGCAGGCAGGAGUCGUCCACCUCGACGACGCGUGGGUCGGUCGCGUCCCAGUCGUCCCGGGACGCCCCUUCGCCACCGAGACACGGGCGUGCACCGAGCCGGCUGUCUGUGCUGUCGCUCGCCGCGGGCGACUUCAACAUGGUGUCGAGGGUCCGGAACCGGCUGUCGGUGUUGGGGAGGCGGUCGUGA